CAGCUUUUUUCUUCAGUCCGCAGCACUGAAAAACCAUAAGCCAAGCACACGCCUCUUGUUUGCCAAAAAUCAAAACCAAAUCCAUGGACGCUCUUCAACAAUACCCUAAUCCCCAAAUCGAAACCCUAGACGACCCUCUGCAACAACCCUCCUCUCCCCCUCCUGCUCCACCACCAGAAACCCUAGAUCACAUCCCAACCACCGAUUUUCCGCCCUCUUUUCCCGCCUCGGAUCCACCCACCGGCGACAAGCCUGAGAUCCUCAAACCUCUGCUCUCUGAGAACGGAUUGACCAAUACCCACAGCGGCACCCCCGACAAGGACUUAUCCGGCGGCGAGGAGGAGACCACCAGCGGCCGCCGCCGCCGUCGCAGUCGAUGGGACCCUCAACCGGACUCCAACACCGACAACGCUAACAACACCCAAAACGGUGACGAUGUGGGCAGCGGAGCGCGGAAGAGGAAGUCGCGGUGGGCCGACGACGAGCCGAAGCUGCCAUCGUCUCUGCCGCUUCAGCUCCCCGAUUUCAUGAAGGAGCUCACCGGAGGUAUCGAAUUUGAUCCCGAAAUCCAAGCUUUGAAUAGUAGGCUUUUAGAAAUUAGUCGGAUGUUAUCGUCCGGUUUGCCUUUAGACGACAGAGCGGAAGGGGCUCGUUCCCCUUCGCCCGAACCGAUAUACGAUAAUAUGGGCAUUAGGAUUAAUACUAGGGAGUAUCGCGCGCGAGAGAGAUUGAACAAAGAGAGGACUGAGAUUAUUUCUCAGAUUAUAAAGCGUAACCCGGCUUUCAAGCCGCCGGCAGAUUAUCGGCCACCAAAGCUUCAGAAGAAGCUCUACAUACCGAUGAAAGAGUACCCGGGUUAUAAUUUCAUCGGUUUGAUUAUUGGGCCGAGAGGGAAUACCCAGAAGAGAAUGGAGAGGGAGACUGGUGCCAAGAUUGUGAUUCGGGGGAAAGGGUCGGUUAAGGAGGGUAGGUUGCAGCAGAAGAGGGAUCUGAAGAUGCCAGAUCCUUCUGAGAAUGAGGAUUUACACGUGCUGGUUGAGGCGGAGACACAGGAUGCGCUUGAAGCUGCAGCUGGGAUGGUGGAGAAGCUGCUGCAGCCAGUGGAUGAGGUGUUGAAUGAGCAUAAGAGGCAGCAGCUUAGGGAACUGGCAGCUUUGAAUGGAACCAUAAGGGAUGAAGAGUACUGCAGGUUGUGUGGUGAGCCAGGGCAUCGCCAGUAUGCCUGCCCUUCGCGUACUUCAACUUUUAAGAGCGAUGUGUUGUGUAAGAUAUGUGGUGAUGGUGGGCACCCAACUAUUGAUUGUCCGGUGAAAGGGACUGCUGGGAAGAAGAUGGAUGAUGAGUAUCAGAAUUUUUUGGCAGAGUUGGGAGGGACGGUGCCUGAGUCAGCCACUAAGCAAAACAGUACAUUGGCACUUGGUUCGGGAUCAGGUAAUUCGGGAAGCAAUCCUCCUUGGGCCAGUAAUGCUGGGAAUGCUGCUGGUGCAUCACAAGCAGGGUUAGGGGCAACUGGACUCAAACCUGCUAAGGAAAUUGAUGAUACAAACUUGUAUAUUGGAUACUUGCCACCUACUCUUGAGGAUGAUGGUUUGAUCAGUUUGUUUUCCCCUUUUGGCGAUAUUGUGAUGGCUAAGGUUAUCAAGGACCGUGUUACUGGAUUGAGCAAAGGUUAUGGUUUUGUCAAGUAUGCAGAUAUUCAAAUGGCCAAUAAUGCUAUUGCGAGCAUGAAUGGUUAUCGGCUAGAGGGGCGAACUAUUGCUGUAAGAGUUGCUGGUAGGCCUCCUCAGCCUGUUGUGCCUCCUGGCCCACCAGCCUCGGCAAUGCCCACAUAUCCUGUUUCAAGCCAGCCUGUUGGCGCCUAUCCAUCUCAGCAAUUUACUGCAGGUGGUCCUUAUGGGAAUGCACCGCCUCCAAGUUAUGGGGUCACUCCAGUUCCAUGGGGACCUCCUGUUCCUCCACCCUAUGCUCCUUAUGCACCCGCCCCUCCUGGUUCAGCCAUGUAUCCUCCUGUCCAGGGUCAACCUAUGCCACCUUAUGGUGUACAGUAUCCUCCACCUAUGCAGCCACCUGGUUCUCAGCCUCAGCCGACAACUUCAAGUGAAGCACAACAAAGUUACCCUCCAGGAGUGCAAUCUGAAAAUAGUACUUCUACUCAAUCUCUACCGCCCAAUAUAUAUGGGAAUUCUUUAGCUGGAAUGCCACAACCUACAUAUCCCACAACUUCAUAUGGCUAUUCAACUUAUUACAGUGCAGUUCCGCCACCACCUCCUCCUGCAUCUGUUCCUGGCUCAACUGGUGACCAAUCACAGAGCACUGGGAACAUGCCUUGGGCUGCAAAUCCGCCAUUGCCCCCUCCUGUUUCUUCUGCAGAGAAGGCAACAUAUGGUGCAGAUGCUGAGUAUGAGAAAUUCAUGUCAGAGAUGAAAUAAGUGGGGUCCCUUUUCAGCAACAAUUUGAGAGGCUGAUGUUUCAAGGAGAUCUUGUGAACCUGAUUUCUUACCUCUUGCCAUGAUUUUGUUGGAAGUUGGGACUCACAUCUUUAACCUUGCUGUACUGUUAUGACAUUUGCAGAGACUUGGAGGAGAAGUUCUGAUCGUAGAGUCUUGUAUUCGAGAAGCCACUUUAAAGUACAUCAUUUUUAUUAUUAUUAAUCCAUGGGUGCUCUUGUAGGAGUCUCUUUUUUUCUUUUGGUGGCUGCUUAUUGCCUUCUACAGAAUGUCUGUUUCCUAAUGUUUUCUUUCUGUCAGUUAUCUGAACUUUUUUCAGUAUACGUUUCUGACAUCUUAUGUUACAUUUCAUUUGACUU